AUGGAAACACCGUUCGGCGUCCAGCUCGGAGACAAAACAACAGCACCAGAAUCGAUGACGAGAGGAAUCGAUCGUAAUGCGUGGAAAAAACCCGAUUUUAUUAUCGUUGGCGGUCGUCCAAAUGAGUAUCGAUUCGUUGCGAUGCUCAUCUUGGGAUUAAAGGAUAUGCGGUUAUCCAUUCCUCUUCGACUACGGAGGAUCAUCAACAGCAAUUAUCAUCCUUUUCAGGUAAUUCCUAAGCCUGACAGAUGGCAAGUUCGAGAGCGACAAGAUCGUUUCACUGCGUGGCAAUACGGUGCUUGUCGAGAUACGUACAAGUAUGGGAAUAUAAAAUUGAACAAGAUUUUCUGUUAUCUCGACAUGAAACGUCGAGACGAGAGCAAGCUCGAGAAAUUCUAUGCUGAGGAACGUCUGAAUGCAGCACUCGCUGAACAUCACUUUGAAUACAAACACUUCCGCAACAUGCUGGAUAAAGCACAUAUUCUCCUCGACAAUGUUGUUCUUUCUCAGUUGGCCAUCUAUGAACCAAGAACAUUUCAGAGCCUUGUCGCUCUAGCAAAAGAAAUGGCAAUUAAGGAUGGCCGACCUGUAAUACCGGAUGAUGAAUUCAAAUUUGAGGUCCAUCUUGAUGACUCUCUCUUUGGUGAACCGUUUCCAAAACCCGCCCAGUACCCGAAGGGGCCAGCCGAGAAUCACACAAAUAAGCCGAGGAAAUUGGAUCCGUCAGAGUACUAA